CUUUAUAUUACAAUAGAUAAGUAAAGAAAUAUCAAAUAGUUGUAAAGAUUUUUUUUUUUGGUCACGAGAACAAAAUAGCACCGUAGGCACCCCCAACUUGAUUUUUUUCGUUACCACGCAGUUUAGGUAUUGGAAAUGGCAGCAACAUCUUGUUUCCAUGGCUCUCUGUCUCUCAUUCCCUCGUUUAAAAGGUGUGAUUUAAUUAUGAUUGGAGAAAACAGUAAAUGGCUGCCUUUUUCAUAUUCCUCUUCCUCCUCAAGAAGCAGCAGAAGAAGAUUCCUCAUCAGAUUGAAAGUAGUCUCGAGGUCGUCUCCCGCUGCUCUGCGUGGCAUCAACUAUAGCAUUCCUCCGCCGGCGGCGGCGACCGACUCCAUAUCGCAGCUCAACGAGAGAAUCCGGCGCGAGCACAGCAACAGAGAAUCGCCUCCCAUAGAUUCCAAGGAGGCCGAAACUUACAUUAAGCUCGUCAAGGAGCAGCAGCAGAGGGGUCUCCAGAAGCUCAUGGCCCAGGCCAACACAGCUAAUUCCUCCACAAACUAUAAGGUGGAUCCUUACACCCUCCGCGCUGGGGACUAUGUCGUGCACAAGAAGGUUGGGGUUGGGAGAUUUGUGGGUAUCAAAUUUGUUGAUGCUUCUAAGGCUUCCUCCCACCCAGUCGAGUAUGUCUUCAUAGAGUAUGCUGAUGGAAUGGCCAAGCUGCCCAUUAAGCAGGCGUCUCGUAUGCUCUACCGCUUUCAUCUACCAAAUGAAACCAAGAAGCAUCGGGCGCUAAGCAAAUUGCAUGAUACUAGUGCGUGGGAGAGAAGAAGGAUCAAGGGUAAGGUCGCGAUUCAGAAAAUGGUUGUAGACCUGAUGGAGCUCUACCUCCACAGACAAACAGAGACGGCCUCCUUAUCCUAAAGUUCCCGCCAUGGCUGCUUUUGCAUCUCACUUCCCGUACGAGCCAACUCCAGAUCAGAAACAGGCGUUCAUGGAUGUGGAAAGGGAUUUGACUGAGCGAGAGAACCCCAUGGACAGGUUGAUUUGUGGCGAUGUUGGUUUUGGGAAAACUGAAGUUGCACUGCGUGCCAUAUUUUGUGUAGUCUCUGCUGGAAAGCAAGCUAUGGUUUUAGCCCCAACUAUAGUGCUGGCAAAGCAACAUUUUGAUGUUAUCUUGGAGCGAUUCUCUGCGUAUCCUAAUAUCAAAGUUGGACUUUUAAGUAGGUUCCAGGCCUGUAUGUUGGUUGGUCUGGGCCUCCGAUAUCUACAGAUUGCCUUAAAUGGGAUCUAUACUGGACAACUUUGGCCAUUGAGCUCCAACAGUACCAAUUAAUUUGCAGGAAUUAGUUUUUCUAUUACUGUAUUAUUCGUGAAUUUGUUUCAGUUGUAUAUCCAUUUUAUUUUUUAAAUUAGAGACCCUUCGGGCAAGUAGCCUUAGAUGGGAUUGAGUGAUGUUUCAGCGCCCUGAGUUCAUGAGUAAUUAGGACACUAUCUAGCAAAGAAACAGCAUGUUUUCUUAUCUGUGUGAGCGUGCUCUCGCAUGUGAUCUUAUGUUACAACAAAUACAGGCAUCACAUCUUGUAAUCAUUGAAUGAGCUUGAGUUUAAACAUGGUCUAAAGAGAAGCUGGCUUAUACACAUUUCUGUGACCUUUUCGUCCCUUUCUGUUUUUGGUAAAUUUUACAUGUGUUGUGAAUUUGAAAUGAACAUUGAAACUCAUUAUAAAAGACAUUGAUAGUUUAAGUUUGGAGUCCAUGAACUUGAACUGGUUUGUACCAUAGAUUUCAAUUACAUAAAACAUUGAGUUUCCGUAUGUGCAGUGUAUGAAAAAGAGAAUUGAUCAUGAGAGUGUCAUGGUCGUAAUCAGAUGAUUCAGAUCAUUUGCCCCUUAUAUUUUUUAUAAACUGGGUUUUGUGAUUAGAGAUGAGGAUUUAGGUGUGUUUGGGUUGAAUAUUGUGGCAAACUCUACCAUCACUAUUAAUUGUUUGAAUUACGGUUGUUAAUUGCUAGGUUUGGUUUGGACUUGUGGCACCUACUGAUGGAGGUUGCCUCCCUGACAUUUUACUUUUUGUGGUUAUCAUUUCACAUAUAUUGAUAGGAUCGUCAAUUCUACAAUUUUUUUUCCGGACUGUCUUAUUGAGCUAGCAAUUUCAUUUAUGAGUUCUUGCAUUGAUCCCUACUGUCCUGGUUUUAAAACUUCAUUUUGCAGUCUGUAUUAUUGUUGGUCUUCUUUCUUGGAUGCAUAAUAUUGUGUAAUGCUACUGCUUUUCUCUUGGACCACUUAUGAUAUAAGAUAUUCUAACUUCUCUAGUGUGGAAUCCAUGUUGAUUGAAUCACAACCAAGUCCGAGAAUGAGGCACAUCUGCAGAUGAUAAAACAAGGUGAUCUGGAUAUUAUAGUUGGGACUCAUUCAUUACUGGGCAAUCGUGUUGUUUAUAGUAACAUUGGGCUGCUUGUUGUCGAUGAAGAGCAGAGAUUUGGUGUAAAACAGAAAGAGAAGAUUGCUUCAUUCAAAACUUCUGUGGAUGUGCUCACACUUUCAGCAACACCUAUUCCAAGAACACUUUAUUUAGCGUUAACAGGGUUCCGUGAUGCCAGUUUAAUAUCAACACCUCCUCCGGAGAGGGUUCCUAUAAGAACCCAUCUUACUGCUUUUACCAAACAAAAAGUGAUAUCUGCAAUCAAGCAUGAGUUGGACCGAGGUGGCCAAGUUUUUUAUGUUGUACCUCGUAUAAAGGGGCUUGAAGAGGUUUUGGAAUUUUUAGAACAAUCAUUUCCAAAUGUUGAUAUUGCAAUAGCCCACGGAAAGCAAUACUCGAGACAACUUGAGGAAACCAUGGAAAAUUUUGCACAAGGGCAUAUUAAGAUUCUAGAAUGCACAAAUAUUGUUGAAAGUGGGCUUGACAUUCAAAACACAAACACCAUAGUAAUUCAAGAUAUUCAACUAUUUGGUCUUGCACAGUUGUAUCAGACACGUGAUGAUCCUCUAGGUUAUAAUCUUCCGUAUAAAUCUCUAAUCAAAACACGUGAUGAUCCUCUAGGUUAUAAUCUUCAUCUGCUAGCCAUGAUGUUCGAAAUUGCUUUUCUUCCCAUGAUUUAUCCCAAUGAAACUUAA